AUGGAAAAGGUUACCUAUUUAAAUGAGUAUGCAAAAAAUUUUGAAUUAGUAAAGCAUAAGGAAUUAAUUGAUGAAAGAGAUACAGAAAGAAUGAACAGACUUUUUCAUAAGAAAGAUAUAUAUACUCCAAAUAUAGGAGGAGAAAAUACCUAUGCACCAACAUCUCGACUUAAAGAAAAGAAGACUUUUAAAAAAUUCCAUUUAUAUAAUGAUGAUAGUAAGGAUGAAUAUCAAGUAAGAAAAAUACGUAAUACAAAUGAAUAUGUAAUAUUAAGUAAUUCACCAAAAAGACCUAAAAAAUCUACAACAGAUGAAAAGAAAGAUAUGUACUAUAAUUUUAAUAAUGAUAUAAAACCAAAUAAAAAAAGUAAUUAUCAAACUAUUUGUAUAUGUAAAAAGUGUUAUAUAAAAGAUAUGCAAGAAAAAUUAAGAGAGAAAAAAAAAAGAACAACUGUAUAUACCCUCGAAUUUAAUAAUUUUGUAAAUAAUGAAAAUAUUUAUGAAGAAAUUAUAUCAAGAAGAAUAAAAAGAACAAGAUAUAAUAAUUACUUAAAUAAAAAUAAAGACGACAAGAACAAAAGUGAUAACCUAAACAUUAAUGAAACUGAUAGCUUUAAAAAUGAUAUUAUGUUAAAUCAUAUAUAUGAACAUUCUGAAAAUAAAAAAAAUAUAUUCCAUUUUUUUAAUAAUAUAUUCAAAAUAAAUUAG